GGCUUAUGCUAUAUUGUUUUUGAUGUCUAAAAUUACAUUAUAUAGACAUAAUUUCGAGUGACACGGUUUGCCAAAUAACAAAUUAUGUUUAUAUGUAUAAUGUAUAUGUGAUUGGUAUAACAAUUUUAGUAACGAUUUUUUACAUAAAGCUAAUUAUUUUCACAUUACUAACUAUUGUGUAUGCAAAAAAUAACAGUGUGUAUUUUAUCACCUUUGGCCGGAUAAUAAACACAUCAAUGGAUGCAAAUAAAACAAAUAAGUCAUAUCCGAGCACAAAAAACAAAGUUACUAAGACAGAAGACUACAGUACUUUUUUUCUUAUUACUAUUCGUAUUAGUUUAAGUUUAUUAAGAUUGAUAAAAGUUGAUAAGAAAAUGUAGAAUAAAAUGAGAAUCACUACACGUUUAGCCUUACAUUACAAAUUAAAAAACCCAGCACAGAUUAUAUAUCUUAUAGUCCAACUUUAGAUCUACCUUCAGUCUAAUUUUUAGACCUAAGUUCCAAAACUACAGUCGAAAAAGCGAAAUAAGAAAAAGUUUCCUCCUAGGACAUGGGUUUAUAUAAUUUUUCUGGUUUGUCAGUGUACUAAAUCUAAAGAAUGCUAAAUACGCAUCCAAGCUAAAAUAUUGAAAUGACAGUAAACAAAGAAAUUCCUACACGAAACAAACUGACCGCAAUAUUUUACAUAUAUUACUAAAUGAUAUUGAACUUUACAUAGUAUAAAAUGUUAAGUAAGUAUUUGCUGACUAUAGCUGUAACUAAUACAUCGCCUGUAGAGAACAAGUAUUAAAUAUUGACAACAUAAUAAACAUAAGUGACCCGAAGUACUCUGAAUAAAACAUUUGUGUACAAAAAAUGUUCAAAAUUAGCAUUAAAUCGAUCAAUUAACAUGUAUUCAAUCUUCGCACGCAUCCUCCCUUCCUAAGAAGUCUUUUUUUUUUUGCCGGGACGAACUUACGGGAAUAUGAUAAAGGAAUACCUAAAGGCAUAUACCCCACUGCAAGAUGAUUAUUUGAAAAUGUAUGCCGAACCCGAAGGUCAAUCGAUUUAUGAGGAAAGCUUUAUAUCGACGCAAAAGUACUUCCCCCAGUACAUCAUCGAAUUGCAAGGCGUGGCUGAUGGAGCUCAAGUCCCAUUCGAAGAACUUUUCCUGAUGGCCUUGGACGACACGUUAUCGGUAAAUUUAAAUAAGGGACCCGUCGAUAAAGGACCCGUCGGAUGUACUUCACUCAUAAUAAACCAACCCUACGGACAGUUCUUGGGCCACACCGAGGAUGCGUUAGCUUCGGCCGAAGACAAUUAUUACAUUAUAGCGGCGCACGUGUUGCCCAGCGAAAACGAAUCCGGCGGCCUGUUCAAAGCCAGGGAAGAGAAAUUCGAGGCCUUGGCUUAUGCUGGACAUUUGCCGGGCUACGCCAGUGGUCACAAUCAUCACGGGGUCGUGUUCUCGAUCAACACAAUAUUCGUUAACAGUCCACUCAGGGGUCGCAUACCGCGCGAGUUCAUCACUAGAGCCCUGUUGUCAUCCAGAGCUAACCUGACGGAAAUUAUGGACAUACUGAUCAACGACGGUGUGGGCACUGCCGACGGAUUCAACGUGAACUUGGCUUUCUUGGACGUGCCCAGAGAGUCGCGAACGUUCCACACGUUUGAAGUUAUCCCUUACGACAAAGAUUCCAGGUCGGAGGUGUGUCACAAGGAGUUUAAGUCCGGCAACAACUCGUUGCACGCUAACAGGUUACUGUGCCUGGAAACCCCGGAAAGUCAAGACGAACUCACUUACGGCAGCAGCGUGUCAAGAGAGAACAAGUACAAGCAAUUGACGAAAAACAAAGUAGCCACGAGUCUGAACGAUAUAGUGGAAGUGCUGGGCAAUAGCGAUGACGGCGCGAUGAGCAUUUACCGAGACGGACCCUGCGAGCCAGUGAAAACUAUUCAUUUGGGCAUUUUUGACUUCGAUAGGAAGUUAUGGAUAAUGUGGACCAAGAACCCUACGGACAACCCUCCUUUGUUGCAGUUACCACUGACGUUCGUUGACUUGAUUAGCUCGCCAGCGACCGCCGGUCGAGUGGACACCAAUAAUAUCGAUGACUUUAAAGUAUCACUUGUAAAAAGAAACACAGACACGCUAUAAAUUAUCAUAUUAUAUUCUAGUCAUUUUCAUUGUACAAAAUCUUUCAUUAUGACAUAGUUCCAUAAUUAUUAUAUAAUUGUUACAGAUAUUAUGACUAGUGCAUUAUAUUUAUUUUAAAAUUAUUUAUCGUUAGGCUCUAUAUAAGUAUGUUGUAUAUUUUGUUGGUAAACAAAAACGU